GGCUGAAUGGUCAUAGAUGCACCCAUUAUAACUCGCCCUCCUCCAAACUCCGUUUCCCGAAGAGGCCGUCAAUUUCUGCGCGAGCUGUGUGUAUCGAUCUUGAUAGCUCAGCUUCAGUCAAUCUGAUGUCCCGUUUACGUAAUGUGGCACUUGCAACAGGCUUGCUGGCCUUUGCAGCAGCUGGCUUAUUAUUUCCAUUCUUCCUCGUGACAUCAAGAAGUAAACCCAUAAUUGAUGCUUCAAAGCCUCUGCCACCUCAGGCUACUUUUAGAGGGCCCUAUGUCAAUACAGGAUCUCAUGAUAUUGGGCCAGACACCACCACAUAUACCAAAAAAUGACUCUUUUUUCUGGUUUCUGCAAUCUUUCAGGGUUGCCUAGAGAGAAACAGUUUAAUGUGUAUGAUGCUUCUUGUCAUCCAUCCUACAUGAAGAUCACAUUUGAUGCCAAAUUUCUUUAUGAAUUUUAGGGUCUUUUUGUUCUAGAGAAUACCAGAUUGUUGUUUACUGUGUUCACGGACUGGUGCCUCGCCUUUUGCUUUCACGGUAACUUGAGUUGUAUGAUCAAUUGUUCCAUUGUUUCUCUUGAUGAUAAUACUUUUCCUAUCGCUUGUCUUGCA